AUUUUCUCACUGCCUCCUAUUAAAGGAGGAACAGAGCAUUUGUACUUCAGCCUCGUACUUUUCUUCCCCUGGCCAGCAUUCUCCUCCAUUAGACUAAAACUGUGGAUAAACCUCAGAAAAUGGCCACCCAGCAGGAAGCCUCUGAUGAGAGGAUCUCCCAGUUUGAUUACGAUUUUCUGCCAGAGCUGUCUGCUCUUCUGGGCAUAGAUGCAGUUCAGUUGGCAAAGGAAAUGGAAGAAGAUCAGCAGAAAGUGAAGGCAACAAUGCGGAAAGGCUACAACUCUCAAAUGCGCAGUGAAGCAAAAAGGUUAAAGACUUUUGUGACCUAUGAACCGUACAGCUCAUGGACACCGCAGGAGAUGGCGGCCGCUGGGUUUUACUUCACUGGCGUAAAAGCUGGGGUUCAGUGCUUCUGCUGUAGCCUCAUCCUCUUUGGUGCCAGCCUCAGGAGACUCCCCAUAGAAGACCACAAGAAGUUUCAUCCAGACUGUGGGUUCCUGCUGAACAAGGAUGUUGGUAACAUUGCCAAGUACGACAUAAGGGUGAAGAAUCUGAGGAGCAGGCUGAGAGGAGGUAAAAUGAGGUACCAAGAAGAGGAGGCUAGACUUGGCUCCUUCAGGAACUGGCCAUUUUACGCCCAAGGGAUAUCCCCACGUGUGCUCUCAGAGGCUGGUUUUGUCUUUACAGGUAAACAGGACACGGUACAGUGUUUUUCCUGUGGUGGAUGUUUAGGAAAUUGGGAAGAAGGAGAUGAUCCUUGGAAGGAACAUGCCAAAUGGUUCCCCAAAUGUGAAUUUCUUCAAAGUAAGAAAUCCUCAGAGGAGAUUGCCCAGUAUAUUCAAAGCUACAAGGGAUUUGUUGGCAUAACGGUCUGGUGGUUAUUGGACAUUAACAUGUGGGCAUGUGAAUGGACAGAUGCCCACGCCAGUGGCACUGAUCAAGUUUCCUUACUUUUAGGUAUAAAGGACAUCGUGCAGUGCUUUUCCUGUGGCGGGUGUUUAGAGAAGUGGCAGGAAGGUGAUGACCCAUUAGACAAUCACACCAGAUGUUUUCCCAAUUGUCCAUUUCUCCAAAAUAUGAAGUCCUCUGUGGAAGUGAUUCCAGACCUUCAGAGCCCUGAUGAAGUUUGUGAAUUACCGGAAACCACAAGUGAAAGCCAUCUUGAAGAUUCAAUAGCAGUUGAUCCUAUAGUGCCAGAAGUGGCACAGGGUGAAGCCCAGUGGUUUCAAGAGGCGAAGAAUCUGAAUGAGCAGCUGAGAGCAGCUUAUACCAGCGCCAGUUUCCGCCACAUGUCUUUGCUUGAUAUCUCUUCCGAUCUGGCCACAGACCACUUGCUGGGCUGUGAUCUGUCCAUGGCUUCAAAACACAUCAGCAAACCUGUGCAGGAGCCCCUGGUGCUGCCUGAGGUUUUUGCCAGCUUGAACUCUGUCAUGUGUGUGGAGGGUGAAGCUGGAAGUGGAAAGACGGUUCUCCUGAAGAAAAUAGCUUUUCUGUGGGCGUCUGGAUGCUGUCCCCUGUUAAACAGGUUCCAGCUGGUUUUCUACCUCUCCCUUAGUUCCACCAGACCAGAUCAGGGGCUGGUCAGUAUCAUCUGUGACCAACUCCUAGAGAAAGAAGUAUCUGUUACUGAAAUGUGCAUGAGAAACAUCCUCCAGCAGUUGAAGAAUCAGGUCUUAUUCCUUUUAGAUGACUACAAAGAAAUAUGUUCAGUCCCUCAAGUCAUAGGAAAACUGAUUCAAAAAAACCACUUGUCACGGACCUGCCUAUUGAUUGCUGUCCGUACAGACAGGGCCAGGGACAUCCGCCGAUACCUAGAGACGAUUCUAGAGAUCAAAGCAUUUCCCUUUUAUAAUACUAUCUUUAUAUUACGGAAACUCUUUUCACAUAAUAUGACUCGUCUGCAAAAGUUUAUGAUUUACUUUAGAAAGAACGAAAGUUUGCAGAAGAUUCAGAAAACUCCUCUCUUUGUGGUGGCGGUCUGUGCUCAUUGGUUUCAGUAUCCUUUUGACCCAUCCUUUUAUGAUGUGGCUGUUUUCAAAUCCUAUAUGGAACGCCUUUUCUUAAGGAACAAAGUGGCAGCUGAACUUCUCAAAGCAACUGUAUCCUCCUGUGGUGAGCUGGCCUUGAAAGGGUUUUUUUCAUGUUGCUUUGAGUUUAAUGAUGAUGAUCUCACAGAAGCAGGGGUUGAUGAAGAUGAAGAUCUAACCAUGUGCUUGAUGAGCAAAUUUACAGCCCAGAGACUAAGACCAUCCUACCAGUUUUUAAGUCCUGCCUUCCAAGAAUUUCUUGCGGGGAUGAGGCUGAUAGAACUCCUGGAUUCAGAUAGGCAGGAACAUCAAGAUUUGGGACUGUAUUAUUUGACACAAAUCAACUCACCCAUGAUGACUGUAAGCGCCUACAACAAUUUUUUGAACUAUGUCUCCAGCCUCCCUUCAACAAAAGCAGGGCCCAAAAUUGUGUCUCAUUUGCUCCAUUUAGUGGAUAACAAAGAGUCAUUGGAGAAUAUAUCUGAAAAUGAUGACUACUUAAAGCACCAGCCAGAAAUUUCACUGAAGAUGCAGUUAAUUAGGGGAUUGUGGCAAAUGUGUCCACAAGCUUACUUUUCAAUGGUUUCAGAACAUUUACUGGUUCUUGCCCUGCAAAUUGCUUAUCAAAGCAACACUGUUGCUGCGUGUUCUCCAUUUGUUUUGCAAUUCCUUCAAGGGAGAACACUGACUUUGAAAGUACUUAACUUACAGUACUUUUUCGACCACCCAGAAAGCUUGUCAUUGCUGAGGAGCAUCCACGUCUCGAUAAAUGGCAAGAAGACAUCACCCAGAUGCGAUUUUUCAGUUCUGGAAGCAUGUUUGGACAAAUCACAGGCACCAACUAUAGAUCAGGACUAUGCUUCUGCCUUUGAACCUAUGAAUGAAUGGGAGCAAAAUUUAGCUGAAAAAGAGGAUAACGUAAAGAGCUAUAUGGCUAUCCAGCGCACGGCACCACCAGACCUUAGUACUGGCUAUUGGAAACUUUCUCCAAAGCAGUACAAGAUUCCUUGUCUGGAAGUCCAUGUGAAUGAUAUUGAUGCUGUAGACCAGGAGAUGCUCGAGAUUCUAAUGACAGUUUUCUCAGCUUCACAGCGCAUCGAACUCCAUUUAAACCACAGCGGAGGCUUUAUUGAAAGCAUCCGCCCAGCUCUUGAGCUGUCUAAGGCCUCUGUCACCAAGUGCUCCAUAAGCAAAUUGGAACUCAGCGCAGCCGAAGAGGAACUGCUUCUCACCCUGCCUUCCCUGGAAUCUCUUGAAAUCUCAGGGACAAUCCAGUCACAAGACCAAAUCUUUCCUAAUCUGGAUAAGUUCCUGUGCCUGAAAGAACUGUCAGUGGAUCUGAAGGGCAACAUAAAUGUUUUUUCAGUCAUUCCUGAAGAAUUUCCAAACUUCCACCAUAUGGAGAAAUUAUUGAUUCAAAUUUCAGCUGACUGUGAUCCUUCCAAACUAGUAAAAUUGAUUCAAAAUUCUCCAAACCUUCAUGUUUUCCAUCUGAAGUGUAACUUCUUUUCGGAUUUUGAGUCUCUCAUGACUGUACUUGCUUCCUGUAAGAAACUCACAGAAAUUAAGUUUUCGGGUUCAUUUUUUGAAGCCGUCCCAUUUGUUGCCAUUUUGCCAAAUUUUAUUUCUCUGAAGAUAUUAAAUCUUGCAGGCCGGCACUUUCCUGAUGAGGAAACAUCGGAAAAAUUUGCCUACAUUUUAGGUUCUCUUAGUAACCUGGAAGAAUUGAUCCUUCCUACUGGGGAUGCAAUUUAUCAAGUGGCCAAACUGAUCAUCCAGCAGUGUCAGCAGCUUCAUUGUCUCCGAGUCCUCUCAUUUUUCCAGACGUUGAAUGACGACAGCGUGGUGGAAAUUGCCAAAGUAGCAAUCAAUGGAGGUUUCCAGAAACUUGAGAACUUAAAUCUUUCAAUCAAUCACAAGAUUACAGAGGAAGGAUACAGAAAUUUCUUUCGAGCACUGGACAACAUGCCAAACUUGCAGGAGUUGAACAUCUGCAGGCAUUUCACAGAGUGUAUCAAAGCUCAGGCCACAACAGUCAAGUCUUUGAGUCAAUGUGUGUUACGACUGCCAAGCCUCAUUAGACUGAACAUGUUAAGUUGGCUCUUGGAUGCAGAUGAUAUUGCAUUGCUUAAUGUCAUGAAAGAAAGACAUCCUCAAUCUAAGUACUUAACUAUUCUCCAGAAAUGGAUAUUGCCGUUCUCUCCAAUCAUUCAGAAAUAAAAGAUUCAGCUAAAAACUGCUGAAUCAAUAAUUUGUCUUGUGGCACACUGAGGAUGUAAAAAAAGUUGUUCAAUUAAUGCUAAAAACCAACUUAUCCAAAAUUAUUUUAUUAAAUAUUGCAUACAAAAGAAAAUGUGUAAGGCUCGCUAAAAAACAGAACAAAACAAAACAAAAAACAGUCCUGCAUACUCACCACCAAGCUCAACAAAUAAAUCAUCACCAAUACCUUUGAGGUCCCUGAAAAAUCCACCCCAGCUAAAGGUAAACCCUUCAAUCAAGUUGAUACAGCUAACGCUCUAUUGUCCAUGGUCAACAGGGAAGGGGUUGGGGACAGGUCUGCCAAUCUAUCUAAAAGCCACAAUAUGGAAGAAGUGUUCAAUUUAUAUAAUAAAUGGCUAACUUAAUGGUUGAAUCGGUUUCAUACAUGGAUGAAACGAGUUUAACACAGGAUCCACAUGAAUCUUCUGUGGGUCAAGAGAUAUUCCUUAAGCCUUGUAGAACCUGUUUUCUAUAUUGAACUAGCUUUGGUACAGUAGAAUUAACUUACUUUCCCUUUAUCCACUGCCAGUGUAAAGAGGAAACAGGGGUUAGGGAAAAAUGACUUUAUUCCAGAGGCUUUUCAGAGAUCAACAUAUGCUAUAAUUUAGAAUUUUCUUAUGAAUCCAGUCUCCUUGGGUAGAAAAUAUUUUAUCUCUAGUGAUUUCAUAAUAUUAUUUCCAUAUCAUAGUAUUUCAUAGUAUUAUAUUUGAUAUGAGUGUCUAGAUCAAUGUCAGUGUCCAGAAUUUCAUUCCUACCAGUUAAGUAGUUUUCUGAAUGGCCAGAAGACCAUUCUAAAUUCAUGAUACUACUAUAAGUUGGUAAACAACCAUACUUUUAUCCUCAUUUUUAUUUUCAGUAAGAAAAAAGUCAAUUCUCCUCCCCUUGCCCAAGUAUGAAAUAUAGGGACAGUAUGUAUGGUGUGGUCUCAUUUGUUUAGAAAACCACUUACGACUGAGUGCAGUGGCUCACACCUGUAAUCCCAGCACUUUGGGAGGCUGAGGCGGACGAAUCAUUUAAGGUCAGGAAUUUGAGACCAGCCUGGCCAGCAUGGUGAAACCCCAUCUCUACUAAAAAUACAAAAACUAGCCAGGUGUGGUGGCACAUGCCUGUAGUCCCAGUCACUAGGGCAGCUGAGAUGCAAGACUUGCUUGAACCCGGGAGGCAGAGGUUGCAGUGAGCUGAGAUGGCGCCACUGCAUUCCAGCCUGGGCAACAGAGUGAGACCCUGUCUCAAAACAAAACACAAAAAACAAAACCACUUACAUUUCUAGCUACAUUAAGAAUUUCUGAAUAUGUUAAUGAGCUUGCUUGUGGUAACCGUUUAUCAUAUCAGAAAGUAUAUGUAUACCAAAACAUGUUGAACAUCCAUGUUGUACAACUGAAAUAUACAUAAUUUUAAUUUGUUAAUUAUACCUAAAUAAAACUGGAAAAA